AUGAAUGAUCCACUGUCUAAGGAAAACAGUCGCUCAAGUGUGAACACGUUCGCCUGUUCAGACGUGAUAAUUCAGAUGUGUCCAACGUGCGUUUGUGGAGUGGUGGUUACACGCUCGCCUCGUAUGUCAGAAGUCCGGGGUUCAAAUCCCGGCACGGCCAUUGGAUAUGCACUGCUGAUGAGCUCUAAUAAGAGAGAAACUCGAGUCCAGUGCUUCCCUUUGGUGUGGACUCACCGGAAUAAUUACGCCCAGAACAGGAACACGGCCGUUCAAAUGAGUGGUGUGGCUAUGAACAACAUGCCUAUCCCGCAGAACCCCAAAAAUUGCGACUAUAAGAUCCCUUGCCGUUGGGCUCACAUACGGUUGUUAUUUCCCCAUAUUUAA